AUGAAUGUGAAUGAAUUUAAGAAACUUUGUCCGGAUGUAGCCAUUAAGCCUACCAAAUUAUUGCUUAGGAAUUUCGAUAAUUCUAUGAUAACAGCAGCUGGCCAAGCAGUGGUGCAAAUUCAAUACAAAGAUCAAAUUAAUACAGAAACUAUUUAUUUGGUACAUGCAAAAGUAAACGCAGUUUUUGGUCGUGAAUGGUUGAGAAAUUUCCAAUUAGACUGGAGCUCAAUUAAAGCGGUUCGGAUUGGAAAUUGUAAUUCUCGAACCAAUAAAUUAAAUAUCUUGCUUCAAAAGUAUGAGAACAUUUUUUCUCCGGGUAUCGGGAAACUGGAAAAGUUUUGUUGCCGUCUUCAAAAGAAACCUAAUUACAAACCGGUAUUUUUUAAACCUCGACCAGUACCAUUUGCUUUAAAAGAAAGAAUAGAAACUGAACUUAAGAGGUUAGUUGCAGAAGACAUCAUUGAGCCGGUGACAUAUAGUGAGUGGGCUACACCAAUUGUUCCUGUUAUCAAGCAGAAUGGGAACCUACGAAUCUGUGGUGAUUAUAAGGUGACUAUCAACCCGGGACUAAAAAUUGAGCAAUAUCCGUUACCCCGUAUAGAGGACAUUUUUGCUGAACUGGCAGGAGGGGAGUUCUUUACUAAAAUCGACUUAUCUGAGGCAUACCUUCAAAUGUUAGUUGAUGAGCGGGACCGACAUCUAUUGACGAUCAAUACUCACAAGGGUUUGUUCCGUUACAAGAGAAUGAAUUAUGGUAUAGCCUUAGCUCCGGCAGUGUGGCAGAGAGCCAUUGAACAAGUUUUAUCAGGCAUCGCGGGGGUACACGUAUUUUUAGACGAUAUUACCGUAACGGGGAGAAAUGAUCAAGAGCAUUUUGAAAGGUUAGAAUUAGUAUUACAGAGACUAGAAGAAUAUGGUCUCAGAGUAAAUAAGCGGAAAAGUGAAUUUUUUAAGAAAUCUGUGAAUUAUUGUGGUCAUACAAUUGAUAAAUUCGGCCUCCACAAAACACAAGAAAAAAUCGAUGCAAUUACGAAGGUACCAGUUCCAAAAACUGUAUCUGAUUUGAAGAGUUUUUUGGGUUUAGUCAAUUACUACGGAAAAUUUAUUCCCAACUUAUCUACUCGUGUCGCUCCUUUCAAUAAUUUACUGCAGAAAGGUACUAAAUUUUUGUGGACUGCAGAAUGUGAAAAAGCUUUCAAGGCAUUGAAACAAGAAAUUGCUUCAGAUCGAAUUUUAUGCCAUUAUGAUCCUAAGUUACCUCUUGUAUUACAAACGGAUGCAUCACCAGUUGGAAUAGGAGCAGUUUUAAGUCACAUUAUGCCAGAUGGUUCAGAAAAACCAGCAAUGUUUGCAUCAAGGUCAUUGACUAAAACGGAACGUAAUUAUUCGCAGAUAGACAAGGAAGCAUUGAGUAUCGUAUGGGGAGUAAAGAGAUUUUAUCAAUAUUUAUUUGGUCGACAUUUUGAUCUCGUAACCGAUCAUAAACCCCUAGUAUCAAUUUUCGCACCUAAUCGUAGUUUACCAUGUCUAUCAGCAACACGAAUGGUUCAUUAUGCAUUUUUUCUCCAAGCAUUCAGUUAUACAAUCAAGUAUCGAAACACAAAGAAUCAUGGCAAUGCCGAUGCACUUUCACGGUUACCACUAACAGUUGACAAGGACUGUGAGUACUUGACUGAAGCAGACGUGACAAAUAUUUCGCAAGUUGAAUUAAUGCCUGUUACAGCAACCAACAUAGCUAGAGCUACUAAAACUGAUAGGAAAUUGUUCGAACUAUAUGAAAGUUUAAAAUCUGGAACUGAAUUACCUGUGCCUUGGAAAGGUAGAGAAUCUGAAUUUUCAUUGCAAAAUGGUUGCAUAAUGUAUGGUCAUAGAGUAUGCAUUCCUGAAAAGUACCAGAAUCAAGUUUUGGAAGAACUUCAUGUUGGACAUCCUGGAAUUGUCAAAAUGAAGGCCUUAGCUAGAAGCUACUGCUAUUGGCAAGGUAUUGAUGCCAGUAUAGCCAAUUUUGUUCAGAACUGUUCAGCUUGUAUCGCAACGAGGAACGAACCAGCAAGGAUAAAUCGACAUCCGUGGGAAUGGCCAAAUGGACCUUGGCAAAGGAUACACGUUGACUACUCUGGUCCUUUUAUGGGCAAAAUGUUUUUUGUAGUCUCUGAUGCAUAUUCGAAGUGGAUAGAAGUCAUUCCGAUGAAAAAUAUUACAGCUAGUUUUACAAUUCAUCAUCUUCGUAUUCUUUUUGCUCAUUAUGGAAUUCCCUUAACUUUGGUUAGUGAUAACGGCGCAAGUUUUACUAGUUACGAAUUUCGACAUUUUUUGAAACUGAAUAAUAUUAAACAUAUAACUUCAGCACCUUACCAUCCUGCUUCGAACAGACAGGCAGAAAGAAUAGUGCAGUUGUUCAAAGCUUCGUUGAAAUCCAGUAGAGGUGAUUCUGGAGAUCUAAAUGUGAAAUUACAAAGAUUUUUAUUACAGUAUAGAAUAACUCCACAUUCACUCACGGGAGAAACUCCGAGUGCCUUGUUUUUGAAGAGAUGUAUUCGCACUAGGCUUGAUCUUUUUAAACCAAAUUUGAGAGACAAAGUUGUUCAGAAACAGAGUUCGAGACUUAACACAGAAUCUAUCUUGCGUGAGUUUCAGGAAGGGGAGAAAGUAGCCGUAAGAAAUUAUUCCGGACCUAACAAAUGGAAAAUUGGAACAAUUAUAAACCGAGAUGGAACUUUGAGUUAUAGCAUACAAGUUGGGAAUGAAAUUUGGAAGAGACACGUAGAUCAAAUAAGGAAAUGUGGGAAGUCGAUUGAAUUAUCCCAAGCUGAUACUGAAAUUCCAAUUUACGAUAAAGAAUUGAAUUUUUCAGAUGAGCCAGUAUCCGAUGAUGUUGCUGAAUCGGAACCGCCUGCACCUGUACCUGAAGUUGUCCCUGAACCUAAGGAUGUACCUGUAUCUGCCACUCCAAGUGAUGAUAUGCCACCUAGCCCUGUACCAGACGCUUCCGGAAAGCCGAAAACUGAUGUACCACUCCGACGCUCAAACCGAAUCAGGAGACCUCCAGAGAGACUGGUCCUGUGA